UGACUUGAACUGGGCAGGAUAUUCCAUUUGGAAGCUUGCAAGCCAGAGGCACAGGGCUGUGAGGGAUUACGGAGGGCAAGAACGCCACCCGCAGAGUCUGGAGAGAGCUGCUGCUGGCAGCGUGCUGGGGACACUUGGGAUGCGUUCAGAUGGUAGCACGGCAGCAGCCUGUUGUUGUCUCCUUUCCAGUACUUACACUGCAAACUGCAACCUGUGAGAGAAAGGUGGAUUUUUCAAGGGCCUUAGAGUGAGGAAAAAGGUCCCAUACAGGGGAAAAGCCAUAUAUUUGUGAAGACUGCGGGGCUUGCUUUGCUGAUAAAGGGAAACUCACUGGCCACAAAAGGACACAUACAGGAGAGCGCCUCUUCAAAUGCGACGUGUGCGGAAAGCACUUUGCCACCAAUGAAUACCUAAAAUGCCAUAAACGAUGCCACAUGGGUGUGAAGCCAUACAAGUGUGAGGUUUGUGGGAAGACCGUUUGGCUUGCGAGCCUCGCUGGCUCAGCACAGCAACGUCCAUGCAGAGACCCGCCCGUACUUCUGUGAGCAGUGUGGGAAGACCUUCACCCAGCAGGGCGCCCUGCGGCGCCACCAGCGCAUCCACACCGGGGAGAAGCCGUACAAGUGCCGGGCGUGCGAGAGAGCCUUCACCGACAUGUCCACGCUGCGCAGACACGUGGCGGUGCACGGCGGCGCGGCCCCGUGGCGCAGUUUCCUGGCGGGCCCCGCGGAGCGCCGCGCGCACAACUGGGCGCGCAUCCGCCCGCUGCACGAGCCCGCCCGCGCAUGACAACGGGGCGCGAGCGCGCGCGCUUCCGGCCGCCGCCCGCGCCUCAGGAACGGCCCGGGAGCCGCUGGGACGGAGCGGAGCGGGACCGGCACCGCCACCGCCACCGCCCCGUGCACAGCCUUUUGCAGGGAGCAGCAAGAUGGAAAGCAACGCGGUUCUCCUGGAGUCCAAGUCAUCCCCCAUCAACCUGCUGAAUGAGAUGCAUCAGCUGCGCCUCCUGGGCCACCUCUGUGAUGUGACGGUCAGCGUGGAGUACCAGGGCGUCAGGGCAGAGUUCGUGGCUCACAAGGCUGUGCUGGCAGCAACCAGUAAGUUCUUCAAGGAAGUGUUCCUUAACGAGAAGAGCGUGGACGGCCCGAGAACCAAUGUCUUCUUGAAUGAGGUGCAGGUUGCUGACUUUGCCUCGUUUCUGGAGUUUGUCUACACUGCUAAGGUAGAGGUAGAAGAGGACAGAGUGCAGCGGAUGCUCGAGAUAGCCGAAAAGCUGAAGUGCUUGGACCUCUCAGAAACCUGCUUCCAACUGAAGAAGCAGAUGCUUGAGUCGGUGCUUUUGGAGCUGCAAAACUUCUCUGAAUCACAGAACUCGGAGGAAGAGAGUACAGCCCAGCUGAGUGUUUUGCAGGAGUCCAAAGCAGCUGCUGUGGCAGAAGCUGUCCGGGCCGACCAUCCUCUGGAUCCUCCGGAUUCCCCAGCAGACAGGCCCAGAAAUGGAGUGCUCCCUGAGGUGUCGGCUGCCAAAUCCAAGGAGAAAAUGGACAAAAAGAAGGAAAUGAUGAAGCCCCCAUAUGCCAAAAUCAGGAGGGCGAGCGGGAGGCUGGCUGGGAGGAAAGUAUUUGUGGAAAUUCCAAAGAAGAAGUACACGAGGCGGCUGAGGGAGCAGCAGAAGAAUGCCGAGGGUGCUGCAGAAGAGGACAGCUACCCACAGGACCCGGAGGUGUGUGACAGGGAGAGGGAGGAGGAGCAGGCGCAGAACGCCAUCAAACCCGAAAGUGAAGAAUGCGAUGGCAACUUCGAAUCGGAGGAAAGCCUGAACAAAUCCGAAGAGGAUAAGAAGAAACGAGGCAGUAACUUCAAGUGCAGCACGUGUGAGAAGGAAUUCCUGUACGAGAAGAGCUUCCUCAAGCACAUCAAACACAGCCACGGCAUCGCAGCCGAAAUUAUUUAUCGGUGUGACACCUGCAGUCAGACCUUUGCCAACCGGUGCAACCUAAAAAGCCAUCAGCGCCAUGUCCACAGCAGCGAGCGCCACUUCCCUUGUGAGCUCUGCGGUAAGAAGUUCAAGAGGAAGAAGGACGUCAAGAGGCACAUUCUCCAGGUUCAUGAGGGUGGUGGGGAGCGUCAUCAGUGCCAGCAGUGUGGAAAGGGGUUGAGCUCCAAAACUGCCUUGAGGCUCCAUGAAAGGACGCAUACAGGCGACAAGCCUUAUGGGUGCACAGAGUGUGAGGCUAAAUUUUCUCAGCCUUCAGCACUUAAAACACACAUGAGAAUCCAUACUGGUGAAAAACCUUUUGUCUGUGAUGAGUGUGGUGCCAGGUUCACUCAGAAUCACAUGCUAAUAUAUCACAAACGAUGCCACACAGGAGAAAGGCCUUUUAUGUGCGAAACGUGUGGGAAGAGCUUUGCCUCCAAGGAGUACUUGAAGCACCAUAACAGAAUCCAUACUGGAUCCAAACCGUUUAAAUGUGAAGUCUGCUUCAGAACAUUUGCACAGAGGAACUCGCUUUACCAGCAUAUCAAGGUUCACACAGGCGAGCGGCCCUACUGCUGUGACCAGUGCGGGAAGCAGUUCACCCAGCUCAAUGCCUUGCAGCGGCACCACCGCAUACACACCGGGGAGAAGCCCUUCAUGUGCAACGCGUGUGGGCGAACCUUCACGGACAAGUCCACCCUCCGGCGGCACACAUCGAUACACGAUAAAAACACACCGUGGAAGUCCUUCCUCGUCAUUGUUGAAGGAGCAGCUAAGAACGAUGAAGGUCACAAAACAGAGCUCCCAGAUGAAGACUACGACGUGUCACCUAAAAUGCCAGAGAAGCUGCUGUCUUUCUCAGAAAAUGGCCACUAUCAGAGCUUGGCUGCUGUCCAGGGGAGCGUGACUGCACUGCAUGACAGCGGCUCUGCACCAGGGACAGACUGUAAGUCAGACGGGACUCCUGGCCCCCAGGAAGCCCUUACAGCUACCACCCUAAGUGAGCUGACAGUACUGCAUACGCAGACAGACUCUAUUCAGCCACAGCUUCAUGCUCUGGUGAAUAUAGAAUAAAUUGGUGUUACAGAUCCAGUUCAAGCUGCACGCUUUGUACAGUCCUUUGACUUUGCCAAUAACCUGCUGAGGAAGCUAGGAGAAGCUACAAAAAGGAAGCAGGACUAAACAUGAACGGCAUAUGCUGGAUUACCAGAAUUUCCUUUAAAAAAAUUAUUUACUUCAAUGUGUACAGCUCCAUCCCCUGAAGGUAGGGUAGAGUAACACCAAAUCCAGUUUGGUUUCAACUGGAUUAGGUUUGUUGGUGAAGGUACCUAUGUUCAGAUAGGCUGUAAGGAAGGUGCAAGUUUGAGUUGCAGCUGCUUUGAUCACACCUGUACAAUCAAGAGAAAUGAUGUGGUGUUUCUCAGCCUGGUAGCUAAGCGAUGCAAACUGCCUUUUCCCUAGUGGAAGUAAUGAUAUAAAUUAAGUUUUGCUAAAUCGCAUUUCAGGAAAUGUUGGUUUCUCUUUGCUUUCUCCAAAGAGCUAAGCAGUAAGCCAGCUCACUCCUUGGGACUCUGAGUGGGAGCAAGCUUUGGAAAGAUCUGGAGUUCCAGAAGUCACGAUUCUCUAGUUGCAAAAUAGGCAAGUGGAAGCCCAGUGCUUUGUCGUACAGGUGGUGGUAUUAUUUUUACUUUACUGUGAGACUCAGUGCAGUUUGACACUUGUAUUCAGCCAGACAGUCUUUAUCUUCCAGCUGCUCCAGCUUACAUAAAACUUGGCAAUUAAGAGAACAAAUUCUCUGUUGUAAAAACAUUUAUAAAAAUGGUACUUGAUCUCUACUGGAAAAGCCAGCGUAACAAAACCCCUUGUAGAAAGGCAGCUUACUGGCUUCUUCCUGUUGAGUUGUACCUAAGCUCUUUGAUGCUGGUCCAGUUAUGUCAGCAAUGCUCUUUUCUCCACCAUCACUUAAGCAUCGCUGUUGUGCAGAACUGCAGACCUCCUUGUAAAUUAAGUGAAAUUCUGGUGGGAAAAGUUAAUUGCUGUUUGCUGACAAGUUGCUACAGCUAAUUCCACUAGUACAAGUCUCCUGAGGUAAAUUCAGUUGCAAAUGGGAGGGAGCCAGUGUUCCUAUGACAAAUGGCAUUAACACAUGCAAAUAAGUGAACUAUGUUCAAGGCAGUUAGGCCUCGAUUUCCCAGGUUCCAAACACCGUGUUUGUAAGAUUAUGUGGGAAUCUGAAGUGCAGUUUUAGGCUGAUAUUUGUUUAACUUGUCCAAAGUUAGCUAUUAAGGGGCAGACAUUAAAAACAUAGGUGAUAAAUGAAGUUGCAGCUCAAAGGGCUUUUCCUAAUCACUAAAAUUCAGCAGCAAUUUCUAGAGCCGUGACAAGGUGCCUAAUAAGGAACAUGACACAGUGAGCACAGGGGCUGAGGGUUACAAAUAUGCUUUCUGUUCAACCCACAUGCUUAAAACCUCUGCUUCCCCUAGUCUGCUCUGACAUCUGCUGUGUUUGUAUUCCUCCACCACCACCAGUCACUGUGAGAAUCGUGCUUCAGUUUGAGCAUGUCUUACCAAGACAGCGAGAUCUUUCCUUCAGUAUCUCCUCCUCUUCCCCAAGGAGUUCAGCCCUGGGCUCGCUCCCAUCAUGUCCAAUAGCUGGGAAAAACAGAGAGUUUCUGUCCAGGGUAAGCAUGUUCUGUGUUUCCAGAUGCAUGGAUGUCUGUGCUAACACAGAAGCUGAACGGAAAUUAAAGUUAAUUUGUCUGACCUCAGAUUAACCUCACUGGAGUACUCUAGAAGGGGGGGGGUAUUUUCCAGGUUCAGGGAUGGAAAUUUGGAAAAAGGUGGCACUAAGAAGCAUUUCACUGGGAUGAUUCUGGUUUUUGGAAGAAGCUGUGAAUCAAAGGCAAUUUGCUGGUAUGGUUAACUCUUUCAACUCAGAACCAGAUUCCCAGUGCCCCCCAUGUUAAAAAUCUGGAGCAUCUGGAGCUCUCCUGAUUCAUUUUUCUGGUUUGCUAUCCUGUUUCUCUUUAUUUUAAUAUCAGUAUAGUAUUUCCACAGAUGCUUUCUCAUCUGAAGCUGUGAGAAAAACUUUCUGAAAGAUUACAUUAGUGUAAAGGUAAAGCACAAUCAAGCCUUAUUAGGGCUCAUUUUAAGGCUUAGGGGUUGGCAAAGCAAUACAGAUAUCCAAACUGUGGCAGAGAGCUAUUUUUGAACCCUAAAGGGAUGUCUGAUGUGUUUCCAUAGAAUCCUAACUUAAUCUAUAGAAAGGGAUUUCUUUUUUAAGAGAAUGUUUCCAAGAGGUUAUAUUUGAAAUAUUUAUUCAAGCACGAUGUCCUAUUGAAGCUCAGUAUUCCCAGUGACCAAUGUAAAAGUUUGUAGAUAUAUUUAAAGUCUGAGCAUUAGUCUCUGUAGCCAGGGAAGCUUUUGUACUCCAUGAAUGUACAGAAGUGAGUUACUUGUAUGAAUUGUUCUUAUUAAAAUGUUGAAAUCUUAACACUGACCUUCCGCUGACUUGGUUGCUAUAUAAAAUGUUUCUGCACCUCGCACACAAUGCGUAGAUCUCUGUCGCUGUAAGCAUCGUGCAGCCGCCUGCACUGCCACUGGUGGGGUCAGACAGAACCUGGCUCUGCUGCAGGCACUGGGUGCUGCUCUUCUUCCUCCAGCCCGUCACCCUGCACGAGAUGCCCCCUGCUUCAGAGCAGCACCUGGGCUACACCUUACCUCACUGUGCCCCGGGCUGCGUGUCCUGGACCUUAACUUGAGCUAAGCCUUAGGAUAGGAUCCUGAAAAAAUAGUGUGACACUUUGGGACAUUGCCUAUUUGCUGCAAGUGAUGUACAACAAGUGACUAAGGGGUGUGACAAGCUCACACACUUGCCUGUGAGCAUCCACCUUUAUCAUCAAACAAAACAAAGAGCAGCACUGCACAUGUUGGCUUUCAUCAUCACACCCUACCUACCGUGUUACCGCAGGCUGUAGCUUUAUAGCUUGCCUUCUGCAUUUUCCAGUAAAGGACAUUUGUUGCUA